CUCUCAGCCAUAAACUUUCCUUUCUUCAUCCUAUGGACCGUAAUCUGCUACAUUCUAUCUCCUCUGAUAUUCGACCCUCCUUUCAUUCAUUUUGAGUUUUCUGCCUUUCAGCUGUUCUUUUCGUUUCGUGCAAAUACCACCUCACACUAUUUUUGUUUGCAGAGUGCAGAAAUCCACCACCCCAUCACCCCACCACCCCGGUCAGUCAGAGGUCGUCAACUCCUUCCUGCGCUUGCCUACUGUUGUGUUUUCGAGGUACACACCCCGAAAAGCUUUAGGGGGUUACGAGGAGGAGAGGCUGAAAACCCACUUUGCACAACGAUCAUCACAUUCACAAGGACUGUCGUAACAACUCCUUCAUCUACCACUUGAUCUCCUCCGUUCCUUUGAAUCAUUCCCUAGAGGAUUAUUACACCGCAUCACCUACGGGAUAAAAUAUCAUAACGAAACAGAACUAAACGGCAUCAUCGAUACUGCUGCUAGGAAGCUAUUGCUGCGCUGGUUAACUCGUUAGCUUUUCUAUUUCUCUUUUCCGUACGAAAUGCCUGGUUUUGCAGAUUCUUUUUGGUCGGGCGACUACGCUGGUGGUCUUGGUGUCCUUUUCGGAAAACUUCAGCAGGGCGUAAUAGAGAACCAGCAAAUUUUGCAGAUUUCCAAGUUACGGGCUGAUGCGGAGGAUGCGUAUGGGCAAAGACUUGCUACUAUCCCCGCAGGAGCUGAGAAGCCGGGUGGGUUCGGCCGGGAUGAUGGCGCUAGUGUGCGAAAGGCAUUCGAUGGGUUGAGGAAAGAAAUGGAUGAUGCCGGAAAAAAUCACCGUAAAGUUGCAGAUAAUAUUCGCCAACUCGUCAUCAACCCUUUCUCCAAGUGGUGCGAAGCCCAUGGGGAACGCAUCAUCAAUUCUCACGAUGAUUUACAGGCCCAAAUCAAGAGCCACGAUAAACAGGCAGAAGCUGUGAAAAAGCUUCGGUCCCACUAUUUCAACAAGUGUCGUCUUGUUGAGGACUUGGAGGAAGAGACUAAAUUUAUCCAAGUGCCAGCGCCAGGAACCCCGUCCUCUGCAACAGCUCCCCCAACGGCACCAGCGGCGGAUCCAGAAGAUGAGGAGCCGUUGGAAAUUGGUGACUUGUUCUACCAACCGGCUGAGGUGAAGAAGAUGUUGGCACAUAUGUUGGAAACCAUCCCCUUGGGAGAAGUUAAGGUUGCUAUCUUGGGAACCUACCAGAAUGUUUCCACUGGAGAAAACAUCGUCAAAUUUAUCCAGGAGAACCUUGGAGCUACCUCGAUCUCCCACGCGGAACGCAUUGGACAGGAUUUGGUCACCCACGGGUUUUUGAGACUUGUUGGAUCCGUUGGAAAUACCUUCGCGAACAGUUCCAAGCUUCACUACCAAUGGCGUCCAAAGACUUUCCAACUUACCGGAAAGCCGGAGAAGCCAGCGCAGAGGUCUGUCAGGCCCUUGGAGAAUGGGGGAGAUACGGCUGAGAGCCCAACAAUGGCCUACGUUGGUGAUUAUUUGGGGGGUCUACUCACGAAUCAGCACCCGGGCGAGACCCCCGGCGACAGGUUGAGGAGAGAGGCGAGCGAAGCCGAUGAACGGUACAAGGCUGGGGUGAAGAAGUUGGAUUUGAUGAGGUGUGCCUUGGAGGAGAGCAUGAUGGAGCACCUGAAGUUUAUGGAGAGGUGCGAAUUGGACCGUCUAAAGGCCAUUAAAUCAGUCAUUUUGGACCUUUCAGGAGCAAUCUCGAAUGUCAUCCCAAGCAUUCAAGCUACCGUAGACAACAUGCUCCUCUACCAGGAGACUAUCCAACCUCUUGGGGACUUGCGUUAUAUGCUUGAGUCCUAUAGGACUGGUUCAUAUGUGCCAAAAGUGGUGACUUAUGAGAGCUAUUAUAAUUCUGUAGACGAACAAACAUUUGGUGUGGAUCUUGAAGCUCGCGCCAGGGCGGAUCGUAAACGUGUGCCGAUCAUCAUCACGUCGAUCCUUACUUACUUGGAUCACCAUUAUCCUGACCUUGAGGGUGACGAGGCGCGAAGGGGUAUUUGGCUUGUAGAUGUUCCACUUGCUGCCACUCACCACCUCCGAAAUACUAUCAAUACUGGCAAAGCGAUCCCCAAGGAGGCACUCGCAACCUAUGAGAUUCCUAUCGUUGCCAGUGUUCUGAAGCUCUACCUCCUCGAAUUGCCUGACACUCUUGUUUCCUCCCAUAAGUAUGAAAUCAUCAAAACGGUUUACACCACACACGGAACAGAAGGAGAAGAGAAACAGCGACUUGCGGUAAUUCAAAACACUCUUGGAAGCCUGCCGUUGACCAACAUUGCCACUCUCGACGCCAUUACUACUCACUUUACUCGUCUCAUUGAGCUUACCUCUGCGGACGAGGCCUAUGUUACCACCUUGGCCCAGAGCUUGUCAAGCUGCAUCCUUCGCCCACGUGUAGAAUCAUCCCUCACCCAACAUGAGCGUUACGCUUACCGUCUUGUCCGCGACCUAUUCGCUCACAAGGAGCAAAUCUUUGGCGAACUUAAACGGGCCUCAACCCUCAACUCUGGUCGUGCCCGAGCUGUCUCCACGGAUGAGUCCCAACGCCGGGCGUUUGUUGAAGCUCGCAACCGCGCAGUUAUCGGCGCGGCGCGCUCCCGGCCCUCCAGCCCCGCUCCGAGUUCUCGCCACAGGAGAGAAGUAUCUACCGACGGCGGGAACCGAUUUCCCAUUCAAACUUCGCCUACUAGCGGCUCUCCCCGAGGCUCAAGGUACCGGCCUUCGUCCCUUGAAGUGCCUGGAGGUGCUUCCUCGCUCGACCGAGACCAGAAACUCGAUAGUGAGGCUGAAGCGCCGAGGGUCUCCGGCGAGCCGGAGUCCUUCGCCCAUCAUGAGUCCGGGGAGUCCUCUCCCGCGACUCCCACUGCAGGACUAGAAAAGUCGAAUUCGCUGACUAGGAAAUCACAAGCCGGUGGUAGCACUAGGUUCCCGCGCAAGGGAGCUAAUCUUGUCAGAAGUGCGGCUGGAGGGCCGAAGAGAGAAUCUUUGACUAUGGGGGGAAGCUUUGAAGAGGACAGGCCUGCGGGCGUGAGUCUUACCGAUCGUCCUAUGGAUGACUAAUACACCAAUCAUUCAUUGGUUUAUGUAACCUACCAUACACCUGCCCGUCCUGCGUUCAAAAAAACGAAACUUUGGUAAUUGCCAUACUAGCUAGCCUGACUUAAUGAGGAUAUGGGGAAAUUGGUCUGGAAAGAACGGUCUGGUCUCGGUCUGGGUGCGGAUUGGUUGGGACUUUUUUUAAUUUUUAUUUUAUUUUUCCUGUUCUUUUUUUCUGUCGCUGGCUCUUUCCCGCCCCGUGGGAAGAGGCGAAGCACUGCGGUGCGGUAGCGUGUCUCUUUUUUCAUUUAUUCCUACUUCCUCUUUCUUACUCCUGUUUGUGGGAGGAAGCUUGUUUCGCUCAUUCUUUCGAUAUGUAUCAUGAAUAUUCUCUUCCCCGGUA